UACAUGGUACGUUGUCAAUUCACGCAUGCUGGGCUGCGGAUAGAUCGUGCAGCCCAUUUUCGUGGGCCGCAAACCCUCGAUAAAAGGAUGUCUUUCCUCCAAAACUUCACGCUUAGACGGCCCAGCUAACGCCAUAAUGGACUGAAACGGAAUCUUACAUUGCUCACUGGAAGGGACUCGUUCCGCCGAGGAACUAGCACAAAAUAUUUGGGAAUUUUUUCUACAUUGACGGUGUGAGGAGACUGAGUUAGGGGGGGACAUAAUCAUGAUGGCGACUCCACAGAGCAAGGCACCCGCGACCAAGACCGUGCAGCCGCUGGCCACGAAACCGGGUGCUGCGGCCCCAGCCCCGCCUGGGCCGGCCGCCCAACCACCCGCCGGUCCGGUUGUCCCAGAACUGGACCUAUCGCACCUCUCAGAGGAGGAACGACGGCAAAUUCAGGCGGUGCUGGAAAGGCAAAAACAGGAGGAGGAAAAAGAGGCCAAACUCAUAAGGGCCUUGAAGGAGGACCUUGACCGGGUCCAGCAGACCACGCAGGCCGUGGCCUCGGAGUCCAAGGCCAAGGGCAGCCUCCCCCAGAAUGGCGCCGUCUGCCAGAUCUGCCACAAGACCAAGUUUGCCGACGGGGUGGGCCACUCCUGUAGCUACUGCAACCUGAAGUCCUGUGCCCGAUGUGGUGGUCGGGUUACGCUCCGCUCCAACAAGCCACCUGAAAAAGCCCCGUCAUCUGUUCGACCAAAGGUUUUAUGGGUGUGCAAACUGUGUCGCAAAAAGCAGGAAUUUCUGACCAAAACUGGACAGUGGUACCACGGUCGGCAAGGUAAACCUCAGAGCCUGGACCUCAGUGCAGUUAAGGCUAUCGAUGGGGGCAGCAAGCCCCAAACUCCUCAGCCUGCCAAGGAUGGGCCCCAGCAACAACAGCAACAAAUCAUCAAGCCUCAAAUGGAACAAAUACUCCACAGCGCGAAGCCCAGCAACAACAAUAAUAAGGAGAACUUGGGGGCUGGCCAGCCGCCCUCACGGCCGCGUUCCACUACACCACACAGUCAACUCACCCGCCAGCUGUCCAAGAACGAGGACGAGACGUCGUCGCCUCUUCCCCAAACCAACUCCAAGCCCGUGCACCGAACUCACAGCCGGGAGUUGGCUGGGAAACGGCCGGGUGCCCAUGACGAGCGGACGCACAAUGCGCGGGCCGAUCCCAGCUAUGAUCCAUCCAGCGAUGUGCAUUACCAGGACCGCCGGCGGGAGUCGCGGUACUCCAUGCGGGACAGGACACCAGACCGGGACCGUUCCACGAGUAGUGAGCGCACCACCAUGACAGAGCGUCAUGGACGGGACCCAGCCAAAUACUCUGGGCGUGAGCGUGAGCAUUUCAUGGAGCAGGAUCCACGGCGAUUUAAAAACCAGGACCACAUACGGGAUCAUGGGCGGUACCCAGAUCAUGAACGAGAAAGAGAUCGAGAGAGGUUCAAUCAUGGCUAUGAGAGUCCUGACCGACAUGGUUAUCCUGAGGAGAGGUAUUACGCAGGGGAUCAUGACCGAGGGCGCCAUUACACCAAGGAGCCCUUGGUGCGUCAGGUGAGUGGCAGAACUUUGGAUCGUCAGCGCAGGAUGUAUGCAGAUGACCCACCCUCGCCGCAUUACCCACACGAUCGUUACCCAGAGCACACCAGUUCAGAUCGUGAACGAAGAGACAUGGAUCAAAGGGAAAUAGAUCGUAGGGAAACAGAGCACAGGGAAUUGUCGGACCGGCGUGAGAUGGACCGCCGGGACAUGCCUGAACGCCGGGAAGGCGUUGGUGCUCAAAUGGACAUGAGGGAGUUUGAGCGUCACCCCAGUGAACGCCGGACCCGUGCCCGACGCGAGCGGGACCGCAGCCCUGGGGAGUCCAAGCGGAGCUCACCCCGGAAGGACGAGGAACGCUUCGGCGAGGAGUACCGCAGGGGGGCAGGGCCACCAUACCCACAGGAAGGUGUGUCACAGAAGCGGCCCAACAGCUCGCCCCGUCACAGCAUCACCGUGGAAGAUGUUGACGCCCAGCGGGAGCGGCUCCUUCUGGCCGAAUCCUAUGGUGCUCCCGGCCGCGCCCCUGAGCUGGGCCCCAAGCAGCACCUGGACCCCAGCUCGGCUGCGACCAAGACAAGCAAACAGGAGUCCCUGUCCAGGAACAGUAAAGCUGCUGACUCCAUGAUCAGGGCUGACUCGCUCAGCUCAGACCAAAGUGAGUGUGUCCGGCCGCCUCCCCCGAAGCCACACAAGACCAAGGGGUCUCGUAAGAGAAGACAGUUCUCGUUAAGUAGCUCCGAGGAGGAAAUCCGGUCAACACCAGAGUACACUAGCUGUGAGGAAGGAGAGAUUGAAAGUGAAAGUGUCAGUGAGCGAGGUUCGGGUGAACUUGAGAUUGGGACCGGUGGGGGUAACAACAACAGCAGCAGCAAGGAUAAGGGCAUGCAUGGCGGGCGCGGGGAACCAGUCGCUGCCGACGACCACCACCAUUCGGAAUCAGAGCUGGCCCUCUCGGCCGCCAAAAAGAAAAUUGUCCGGUUCGGCCAGGGGGAAGGCCGGUCCAUGGAGGAAGACCCCGAGUGGUCCGAGCCGCAAAUUAAAGACUCGGGGGUGGAUACCGGUAGCAGUACAACCUUAAAUGAGGAGCAUAGUCUGGCUUCCAAGCAACCAGUCACGUGGACCCCAGACCUGGACAACAACAGGUUGAUUGGCCACAUGAUCCUAAAGAAGAGCCAGGGUGACAGCUCGACGCCGCAGGACUCUAGUGCCAUCCUGGGGCUGAAGGUCAAAGGCGGCAAGGUCAAGGAGGCGGGCAAGCUGGGUGCCUUCAUCUCCCGGGUCAAGCGGGGGAGCAUCGCCGACACCGUCGGUCAUCUGCGAGCAGGGGAUGAAGUUUUGUCCUGGAACGGACACAACCUCCAGGGCAAAGAUGUCAAUGAAGUGUACACCGUCAUCUUUGAGUCCAAGAGUGAGCCGCAGGUGGAGCUGAAAGUGGCCCGGCCGAUGGGCAGUGAAAUGGACCAGACGACGCGGGAGAAGCUUGCCCAGCAGUUCAGGUCUCAGCGACCAGACUCCAUCACCAAGAGAUCCAGUCAAAGUGUUUGUUCUUGCGCCUGUGCAGGCUCCAGUGGCUAUGAGUCCACCACCAAGCACAAGGAGGAGGAGGAGAUACCACCACAGGUCCGGCACAAACGGCCGUCGGUCACCAUCACGUCCCCAGGAAGCCCUGGGAUGACAAGGCGGAAUGGCUCACCUCUGGUGCAAGGAGACCUCCAGAUGAAGCUGUGGUACGACAAUACCAACUACCAGAUUGGGGUGACGAUUCUCAGUGUCAAGGGCCUGCCACCACGGGAGAAGACGGGUGACCUGCGCAACCCCUAUGUCAAAAUGUAUCUGCUUCCAGAGAGGAGUGAUGAGAGUAAACGUCGCACAAAGACUCUCCACAAAACUCUCAAUCCCAAAUGGAACCAGACCUUCCUGUACGGUCCCUUGAAGCGGUCAGAGUUCAAAGGUAACACCCUGGAGGUCACCGUCUGGGACUUUGAACACUAUGGUGCUAAUGAGUUCUUGGGGGAGGUUAUGUUGAACCUGGAGGCCGUACCCCUGGAUGACGAACCCCACUUGUACCCGCUACGCAGCCACAACAAGCAGGUGCCCCUCCCGCUGGUGUCGCCAGUACCCGCCCGGCACCAGAUGAAGCACCACUCCCACCGCAACAGCGACACGGGGAGCCGGGAGCAGCUCUCGUCCCCAGCAUCAGGCGGGCGGAUCACUGACAGCGAGUUCUCUGAUUGGGAUGAUGGUAUCGGAGUCGUUACUGGGGCGUCGGUGGUAGGAGUGGGUGAUGGGGCCUCUUCGCUCGGUGAGCGUCGUGCGACGCCACCCAUGAACGAAGGUUCAUCAGUUGUUGGGAUUGGGGAUGGGGCCAGCGUCUCCUCCCUGGGCAGCAGCUGUAGUCCACCCCCAGCCAGUGAGGAUGACAGGCCACCCAACGAGCAGGAAUACCCCAGGUCACCCACCGCCCAGCGGCGGUCGGGAAUCGUGAUACCACCUCAACAAGAUGAGCUUUCUUCUCACACGCGAGAGCGCCGUGGUUCUGCUAGCACCCUUGCUGUCCCAGAGAGGGCUCCCCGGAGCCGGCCCCGCAGCCCUUCCCCGACCCGACGGGAACGCAUGAGCACGGAGCCUGUAGAUGUCUACCGCAAACACCAGGAGGCAACGUCCCGUUUUGCCCACUACCAGGAUGACACGGAUGGGCAAAGCCGACAGUCACCAACUGCAAUGAGAUCACAGAGAGAGCGGGACCGGGGAGGCUGGGAGUACGAGCGGAGUAGGGACUUGCGAGACCGGGACCUACGGGAUCAGGAUCUGCGGGAACAUGAGCUGAGGGAGCUUGAUUUGAGGGAGCGUGAUCUGAGGAGCCGUGAGUCAAGGGAACGUGAACUGAGAGACCUCCCGCCACAUGAGCUGGACCUGCCGAGCCGCGGCCUGAGUCCUCGUGAACCACACGACCAGGAGCUCCUCGACCGGGAAGGGCGUGAUCCUCGUGACCACCGGACCCACCGUGCCCUGUCCCCACCCACCCGGUAUGACUACGAGCGGAUGAGCGGGCGGCGGUCACGCUCGCCAAGUCGGCGGGCCGACCUGCAGCACGGCGACCCCCAUCGCCGGACCCAGUCUGAGAACCGGGGCGAGAUGGACUAUGAGAGGCAGUACCGGUCACACGCCCGCACGAUAACGUCCAACAUUGACGCUUCCAGCCUACCAAACUCACCAGUCCACGGGGGUAGAGGGAGUCCUGUAUCAACGCCUUCCACACCACGCAAACACAGACAGCUGCCGCAGGUCCCUGCACAUCUCAAAUCAGAUAAAGGGACAGCCGAAAUUGAGGAAAGAGCCCGCCAGAUGAAGCUCAAGAUGAAGAUCAAUCAGUACAAGCAGGCAGCAGCCACUGCCAACACCCUUUCUCCCCAUGGCGCUGUUGCCUCAACCUCUGCAGGGGGCACUCCCAUCCUGGAUGCCCCGCCACACCCUCGCCGCAAGCAGAGCCCGGACAACAUCUCCAUCAAGUCUUCAGACAGCAACGUGUCCAGCACCAGCGACGUGUCAGCCAUCACCCAGGCCAGUACGGCCAGCGCCUUCUCCACGCAAUCUGAGCGCCGGCCCACCAGAAAACUCAGUGCCUUUACCGCGAAAAUGCAAGAGUCUGCUCCCGUGAAGAAACCACUGAAUCGAAGCAACAGUAGUGCUGAUAUGUACACGUAUGAUCGGAACGAGGGCAGUAUAUCAGAUUCGGCAGCUGACACAAACAUCCAAGAGGGCAAGAAACGUCGAGCAAGCAUCGGGUACAAGAUGGCGUCACUUGUGGGUCUGUCCAAGAAGAGUAACAGCACGUCCAAUUUGGCAGGCAAGAAGCCAAGGAGCAGUAUAGUACGUAGUGAAGAGGUCGGUCUAGCUGCUGAGAUGAGGAAUCGUCUACAGAAGCAAGCCAGCCGAGAGAGCACGGACGGCAGUGUCUGCAGUUUUAGCAGUGACAGCUCAAGCCAACUGUGGCUACCCGGCAACUUCCGCUUGGGCCCUGAGGGCCAGUUUGACGGCUUCCUGGAGGGGCUUGGCCCUGCCCAGCUGGUGGGGAGGCAGGUGCUGGGCUCGCCCUGCCUGGGGGACAUCCAAGUAGGCCUGGAGGACAAGAGGGGCAAGCUGGAGGUGGAGAUCAUCCGGGCCCGGGGGCUGAUCUCGAAGUCGGUCUCCAAGGUCCCUCCUGCGCCCUAUGUCAAGGUGUAUCUGAUGGACGGCAAGCGCUGUGUGGGUAAGAAGAAAACCAAGAUUGCCCGCAAGACCCUGAAUCCCCUCUACCAACAGGUGCUACUGUUUGAGGAGGACUAUCGCAACAAGAUACUCCAGAUCACUGUCUGGGCAGAUUAUGGGCGGAUGGAGCGCAAGGUCUUCAUGGGUGUGGCUCAGAUCAUGCUGGAUGACCUGGACUUGUCUCAUCCCAUCAUCGGCUACUACAAACUCUUCAACACCUCCUCCAUAUCGGAACUGCAUGGCCAUCGGGCCUCCAUCUCAUCGCUAGAGGGCUCCAUGACAUCUCUAGCUAGCGCCAAAUAGCUCCCACGGUGCCCCUCCCCCACCAACGACCCAUGGGGGCUGUCUGUCGUCAUUGCAGGGGUCCUCCACAGUGCCCCAGUUUAGCUUUAGAUUGCUACACAUUCGGUUCUUAGCUAGGGGAGAAUUGUGUCUGAAUUGUCUACAGAGGGCGCCUAAAGCCAAGGUGUCCUCUACCUUUUCCAUUUGCCCUUAUCGAAGGAAUGCAUUUGCAUCAUCACUAGAGGGAAGGCCAGCUUAUUCCAAGCCCUUCCUUCCGUAUCAUACACCAUCUGACAACACCUUCAACUGGCUGACUCACCUUUGCUACCUGAUGUGCUGAUUGGGUUGAUUGGACUGUGGUUAUGGACACCUAUUGGCUCUGCGUACACCCAGUUGAGGGCGUCCGUUCGCUGCCAGGGCCCUUUGCACCUUCAUUUGUAUAGCCACUUCCUGCAUUGCAUUUUAGUGUCACAUUUGUGUUCACAUUGAAGACAGAAAACCCCAUCAUGUGUGAAUUGAAUGCUGAAGUCUACAUAAAAAGUCGGACAGUAAAGGGACGGCUGAGUUUUGCCACAAGAGGGCGCAUGUAGGUGUUUUAUCAGUAGGCUGUGAUGUGUCAUGAAGCGCAUGAAGUGUCAAACAUCUCAACUCGAUCCACAGUCAUACUGUUUCUUUACCAAAUAUUGCCAAGUUUUGAAGUACGUGGAGAAUGACCUUUACUACAGGAAUCUCAUGUAGGCGUGGCUCAUGGAAGAUGUAUCAUGUCAGCUUAUGGCUAUAUUCUUUAAUUUGAUGACUAUAGAUGUCCCCAUUUGACACACCAGUGACUGCUUGUCUGCUAGCUUCAGCAUAUAUCUGGGUGUUGAGGGCCACAUAAAGUCCCAAAAGCCUGCACUGUGUAGAGUCUUUUAUGGCGAACACCUUAGCCUGCUUCUCUGGCCCAUGACAGGCACCAGACUGAUUUAAUCAGUUCUCAGUUAAAGAGCCCAGUUUUACGUGAAAGGAAGGCAACAAGUGUGGCUGAACAAAACGAAAUGAAUGUUUUGUGAUGAUAGUUUGUUUGUUUGGGUUUUGGGGGAGAAUGUUUACUGUCAAUGUGGCCCUUGAAAUAGACCCCUAAAUUGCCACCUACUUAGGUGCACUCAACACCCUAGGCCACAAAGAUGGAGUAGUGUUUUCAUCAUCAAAAGAGUGGUCAAAUUCACGCACAAGUGUGCAAUAUGUCGGCCACCACUUCAACGUUCUCCUUUUUCUCACAGUUGGUAUCUGUUGUUGAAUCCCGCAGAACAGUUUGGCUUGCAUGUCAGCCCAAGAAACAAAGAAAGAAAGUAGGAAAAAAAGGAAUAGAUAAUAUUGCAUUAUGUAAAUAAUUUAAACUAGUAAAACACUUUGUUUCAUACAUAUUCAUUAUGCAUGAUAUUCAAUUUUUUUUAACUGUCCAAUCACGGUCGGACAUGUAAUCAGAUCUUUAACAAAAGGCAUUAUAAAUUAAAGGUUAAUAUAGUAAAUACCACUUAUUUAAGGGUAAACUGUAUCAUUUCCUUGUACUAUAGUCGAGAAUUUGAAAUAUUGCAAUACGAUAUUGUGCACUGUCUUUGCCUUUUUAUUGUUAUGAGUAUGGCAUUGGUGUGUUGAGGAAAAGUGGAGUGAAGAAAUUCGGAGUAUUCGUUAAAGUUUACCCACCAAAGUUUGAGAAAGGCUGCGAACGUGAGAUUGUUUAAAAAAUGGUCUGGUCACAUCUGAGUUUUAUGUACAGGAAAAUAAUUUGCUGUUUUCAUGUCUUUCAAAGCUAAUUGUGCAUAUAUAGAUAUAUAUAUACGAACAUAAAGGUUUAUGUAGAAAAACAAAAAGUUACAAUUUGUUCUUUCAGCUUUAAAAUCAGCACAGUUCCAUGUCUUGCAUUCCACACAGUAUUUCCAAAACUAUGUAAAUUCAUUCAGAUUUAUUCAUUUAUUGAUGGUCAGUCACGGCAUGUAAAGUCACCUUUGGACAAAGCCACAGCUUGUUUGAAGUUUUACUCACUGUUAAUGUUGACAACAAGUGUUCCAACUGCGCAAACUUCUUUUUUUGCUGUCAGAAGUUUUCAGUUGGAAACUUUCUUUGUACUUUGCACACAACAUUCAAGUCACUUUUAACAGCACAUUAAAAACCAGUUCUUAAAAUUUGACAUUCCUGAUCCAAACCAGUUAUAGUUGUUAACAUGUUUGAAAAGGUCCUUCUGUAAGCUGAUUUCUUGGGAAGGUUUGGCUAUAUUCACACAACUAUCAGGUAUCAAGAGUCUGAUGGCCAUUCACUGGAUGGUUAAAUGCCACUUUCUCCAUGACUGGUCAUUGCUCAAGGGUUGUCAAGAAGUUUAAACAGAUAUCACUCCCGUUGUCUGUAGUUUACAGUGACCAUUACAAUUCUCUGCAAUUCCUUUUGGAACACAAGUGACUCAUUUGGAAAAGCCUCCCAAUUGGAACCCGAGUUUGAUUUACAUUGUUUGGGGAAACUUUGUGAUUGUUUGAUCCAUUAAAGUUGUGCUCCUUAUCAGUACUUUAUAAUAAACAUGAUUCUUAGCAAGAAAUUUAUUCCAUGUUUAAUCCAUAUGACUCAGUUGAUUCAUAUCCUAGAAAGCCAGAUCUAUUCUUGGAUAUUUCUAUGUUCACUUUUCUGUAGACUUUGGAAUACUUCAUUUAUUGGUAGAGAACAUAUGUAUCACUUAUUCAUUUUUAAUGAUUUUGGUAUUUCUGUAGAAGAGACAAUUUUGAACAAUUUGGUGUUUAUUUUCAAUCUCUGCUGUAGCAUACUGAGAUUGGAAUGCGAGCUGGUCUCGGCCAUGCAAGGUUGCCUCCAUUUUGUUAGUUUAAACUUAGAUUUGCUUUUGUUGUACAAAGCAAUGUUGACCACAAGUGCAUGUAGCCAGUAGUGUUCGAGCCAUGCUCAGUAACUUUAUGAUUGGCUGAAUGUGUGAAUUCCAGAUUGGGUUCCUGUCCUCUAGAUUGGGUUCCUGUCCUCCAGAUUGGGUUCCUGUCCUCUAGAUUGGGUUCCUGUCCUCCAGAUUGGGUUCCUGUCCUCCAGAUUGGGUUCCUCUCCAUAUUGGGUUCCUGUCCUCCAGAUUGGGUUCCUGUCCUCUAGAUUGGGUUCCUGUCCUUCCCCCGUCCCUCCCUCACUUACCCUCCCUGUCUAACUUCAUCCGUAGCCCUGCAUAUUCCAACAUUCAGCCCUGCAGAUUCCAAACUGCAAACAGCUUCAAAAAAAUGCUGUAACCCCUCCCCCCGUGAUGUGUUUCUUGUAUCCCAUCAUUGUCCAUUAUCCUGAAAAAGAUGUACAGUUUUACUGCACUCUUUUGGGCAAUAUACUUCAAUGAUGCAUGCCCUUACACCUGUCCAUGAAAUUUUGUAGCCCGGCUGACUCAAUGUGGCUUCCUUACCACCUCCAGAAACAUCGAAUUUUUGGGGUAAAGUGGAGCCCACAGUUUGGUGUUUGUUUUCAUCAGGUUCUACCAGGAAAGGUUUCAACCCACUUUUUACCUACAAGAAGUCACAUCUAAGCAAAUCAACUUUUCUUUACCCAAAAGUUAUCUGAACUUAUUCAUAUGAGUCUGUAAAUUCAGGAUUCAAACAUUUCGACAUUGUGUCCCUGUGACACCUGACCUGUGUAAUUUGACAUUGAAACAUUGAAAUUAACUUCAGACUAUUUAGUUUGUUUGGCAGGUAAUUUGCAUUACUUAAUUACUCUUUGAAAUUAUAGAAUGUGCUUUAAAGGACUAAAUCAUUUGUCAGAUGGGACAGGGACACAGAAAAGCUGGAACCCAGAUAUUUAGAAUGGUUCAUAUCAUUUAAAAAAGAAAAACUCUUUCUCCCCUUUCACAUUUGCCCCACCCAUUUUCCUAUGUACCCGUGCCCAACCAGAAAUUGAAGGCCAAGUGGGGGCCCCGUAAAACUUUUUCUUCAAAGCAAAUGCAAUCCUUUUUUUGUACACCUUUUGCAGCUGGUAUGGUUUGGUUGGCACAAGAAAUAAAUUGUCUUUUUUUUUGGUUUUCUUUUUUAUCACAUUUUAAAAAUAUUUCCAGUGUCAGAAGUGUUCCGCAGUCAUGAUAGUGUUAGUUUUGUGUGACAUGAUGGACAUUUUAAAAAUACAAGUUUCUUGGCAAUACAUAUUCUAAUAUUGUAUUCAACUGUAAUGUGCAUGUUUGAAGUGGGGUGUCACAGUCUCUUUUUUCACUUGUUUCAUCUUAUUACCUUUACAUCUGGGUGGAAUCUUCAAACCCUCACCAAACUAGUCUGACUUGUUUUCAACUUACCCUACCCUCCAGAAAAAUGAAAAAUCCAGUAUUAUCCAUGGCAGGAAAGAUUCCAUUCAGUGUAAAGGGGGAGGGUCAAAGAGGAAUACUGAUGUUUAGUUUGUGUACGUGUUUAUUUAAAUGUUAUGAAUACAUAAAGGUGCCCAAAGUGUAAGGUAAUAGACUUUGGGUCUCCAAGUUGCCUACAAAAAUGAUUCCAUGAUGUAGCUAUAUAGAAUGGUAGCUUGUUUCAAUUGUAGAAAAGUUAGAUAUUGCUAAUUAUCAUUAGCACAAUAUUAGAAUAGCGAAGUAGAUAACAGAGUAAUAAAGACUAUCACUUUUUACCAUUUAGGUAUAUUUUAACAUUUUAUAUAUAAAAGCCAUGAUAUGUGUAAAUGAAAAAUGUACAUGCUAUUCCUGUGUAUUAAUACUGCUAUAGCCGAGAAUGGAAAAACACUGUUGUAAUGUACAUGUAGUUCAUGAAUAUGUAUCAACUUCAUGAAUGUGAUAUUAUAUGUAAUUACCUUCUGAAUAUUUAUGAUAUACAUGGCCUCUGACUGUGCGAUGUUCUUGCAUUAUUAAUCUUUCACUGACUACUGAAGAAAGUUUACUAUAUGAAUAUUACCUACUGUACAGUUUUAAAUAAUGCUCGUAAUUGUAUUUAAGGAAUCCUUUCACAUUUUACAUGUAUAAAUUAUAAUGAUUUUCAUUUAAACAGCAAAGAAUAUGCAAUGACUGGUGAAUGGUUUUAAAACAAUAAGUAGCAAUAGAACCAUAUGCUGUUGUAUGAGUUGAGACUGAAUAUUCAACCGAUGUGGCAAAUGUUUAUCCCAUUUAGUCAUAGCACCUCGCUUUAAGUAGUCUCAAAUGAUAACUUCACAUCGGUAGCAUCAUAUCCAGUUCCAUAAUAUGCCUGGCCUGCCAGAAUAACUUCCUGUGUGGUAAAAUAGCCUGUAGCCAUAGAUUUUGUAUCCAGUAGACUCUCGCAUCACCCGUGCAUUCCCCAAUUCAGUUGUGUAAUUCAGUACUGAUGCAUUUCAUGUUCUCAUGUUCACAGUACUCUGCAAGAGGUGAGAUUUUGUUAAACAUCCAGUGGUUAGUUUUGCUGGUCUUUGAUAAAAUGUGGUAUGGUUUUGGUUUUGCUUAUACGGUGUACACCGGGGCCUGAAGAAAUCUGCACAGUGGUAUUCUGAAUUGUUUGGACCUGUUGUUCAGCCACCUUAUAGGAAGCUUGUGGUUGAAUGUGUGAAAGUCCUGUCCCAGUCCUAGAACUCAAAUGUUGAUGAGCCAAAUCACCUAAAUUUCUCCCUUUUUUGACGAAUUUUAUUGGACUUUUUUAAUCAAAGAAUUAAAAACCUUUUAGUGGAAAAGCCUGUUUCUGUGAGUGGACUUCGCUUCAAGCCCUUCAGCUGGUUUUGGAAGGCAGAGUAUAGCAUAGUAACAAACCAACACUUGAAGUGAGUCUCGUUGCGUAAUCCCUUCAAAGUAUGAAAACAUUUUAACUUGAAAACUUCUGUUUCUAAUUUUUUGCACCAUUGUCCUCAAGUUAGCAGUGUCAUAUUUUUCACCAAGUUCACUUUUUUGAGUCCUAAUGUGUAGUAUGCAUUACAGACACAAUCAGGUCAAACCACACAUAAGCAAUCCAUUCUAACUGUAUUAUUCAUACCAAGGGACCAAAAAAAUAUAAAUAUUUUAAGCAAGAAGAAAGUUGUGCAAUUACCCUAGUUUCUGUGCUAGCAUUAGAAUAAUAGGUACACUGCUGGACUGUCUGUACUAACUAGUUUGAAGUAUUAAACCCAGUUUAUCUGGUUAUAGCCCUUUAUGUGUUGUGGUUCAAAAUUGUAGUUGAACCAAGUUGAUGAGCAUUAUAUGGUCAUGUUUAAAGGGACUGCUGGUUUGUCUGUUGUACUUUGUUAAAGAAAAACCUUUCUGCUAUUAUCUUUUAAUCUUGAAUAUCAACCUUUUUAUCCCGAAGCUUAAUAUUUUGAGACUUUUACUAACCUGGGUAUAAUUGACUCGAGUUCAAGAAACACAGUUUGGCUUAUGGUAGUGACCUGUAGUUCAUGAUUUUUGGGGGUUCAUCUGAACUAGCCUGGCUAUGCAAGUUAGUAAGGAUAGUAAGUUUUUUUUUUAAGUGUUAUUUGUAAGUAGUGAUUUUUGUGUGAAUUCCAUCGCUGGUUUGAUUUGACUUGGGAAUGCACAUUAAAGAUGCAAUACUUUUUGCCUGUGGCUUUUAA